CUAAAAUUGGUACUAUUUAUCUACCUUUAUGAGCACCCUGUGCCUCAAGAAAUUUAAUAAAAACACUUUAAAAAUACAACACAAACGCUCUGUUUGAUUAUACAUUUAAAAUGUUUGCAAACAAUUGCAUCGCAAAAGAAAAUGGAUCUCUGGAUAUAAAGAUGACUAUCAAUCAAAAAUUAACCACUUAGCAUGACGCGGGCAAACAAAAGAGUUUUAAAAAAAUCUGGUUUACGCCUGACUUGAUUUGACGUAAUUCUAUUGCGUACAUAAAAAAAAAGAAUCUUUGACGGACCACCCAAUCCAGAAAUAUAUGACGUGAAACUUUCAAAAUCACGUUCUUUUUUUGACCGCAUCGAACUUUGAAAGAAAAAGGAGCUGAAAUUGAUAGAAGGAAAAAUAGAGACUAAACUGUUUUGAUGCGAAAAGACAUACCCGUGUCCCCGAGAAAAAGGUUUCGAAUUCAUUUUCGGUGUUACACGGUUUUAAUCAAGGUUGCCCGAGGAACACUUUGCGGAUAGCUCAUCUGUUGACUAUAAUUUUUUUUCUUCCCAACUGGCAAUAGUCCAGAGAAUCACCAUGCAGUCUUGGAUGCUAUCGGGUGCUGAACACACCAUGUCGACUUUCUUAUUAAACAAAUUUUUGGUUCAAAAUGUGUAUGCGGGUGGCUCAGAUCGCAGUCCUCCGGAUGACGGAGUGAAAAAGAGAAGAAAGUUCCUCCGUCCAAAAGCUAAAAGUCAAACGGACUUGAGUCACCGAGCUUCAGAGGACGGGGACGAGGACGACCCAUCUUCUCUACCACCUUCUCCUCAACCUCCUUCCACGGAACCGCCAUCACCCUAUAGGAAGAUCCUCGGGUUCAAAUCGGGCAAAAAAAUCCACACAGUCAUCUCAACCCUGAGAAAAUUAACUCCCCACAAAUUCCGCCACCAUAGAUCCAAAAAUUAUGCCUCUUCCUCUGGGAAGACGGCACUGCACAAUCAACGUCUGUGUGCGAGUCAUCCGAACGUCUCCACGAGUGAUUUGGCAGCAGUGGCGGCGGACGGAACGCGCGACGAUUCCGACGUCUACGGAAGAGGUAUACGUCUUCACAAUGGGGUCAUGAUGGCGGACGGUGUUAGCUACAGUGACCCUACCAUCCAUCGAAAUUCUUCGGCCUCCUCGUCCCCAGCCCGUGCCCUUCGAAGUAGACCUGACCUAGAUGACGAUUACAACAUGAGGGACAGUGGCAUUAUGGAUAUUGGUGCUCCUGGAAUCGUGGAUGAAGGCUUAAUUAAGCAAAAGCAUUUAACCCUGCGUCAGCAUGCAUUUUAUUUGUUAGAAGUUCAUCUUAGAUUUGGUAAAGACCUUCAAGCCAGAGAUGCUAAUGGUACUAGUGAUCCAUAUGUUAAAUUCAAAAUUAGUGGUAAACAGUUGUAUAAAAGUCGUACUGUUAAUAGGACUCUUGAACCCUAUUGGGAUGAAUUUUUUACAAUACCUGUUGAAGAUGUAUUUGAGCCUCUACACCUUAGGGUUUAUGAUUAUGAUUUUGCUUUCCAAGAUGAUUACAUGGGAGCUGCACAAAUUGACCUUACAAACCUAGAAAUUAGCAGGCCUACAGAUAUAGCUGUCACCCUGACGGAAUCUGGAAAACCUGAUGUUACUAGUCCGUCAUGGGGCCAAAUAUUUUUAACUUUGACGCUUGUUCCUAAGACUCAGGAUGAAAAAGAACAGUUUUUUAACAAAGGAACAUUUUUGCGUUUGGGUUUCAAUACACCAUCUGCAAGUCCUGCUGUCAAGCGCCAAAAGACUCAAAUGUGGGACUCUGUUAUUACUAUUGUUUUAGUAGAGGGCAAAAACCUUUUAGCUAUGGAUGAAAAUGGAACAAGUGACCCAUAUGUAAAAUUUAACUUAGGAACAGAACGAUAUAAAUCUAAGGUUAUGUUUAAAACAUUGAAUCCCCAAUGGCUAGAACAAUUCAACCUUCAUAUGUAUUCAGAUCAGCCAAAAAUAUUAGAAAUAUCAGUUUAUGACAAAGAUUUCCAUGGAAAAGAUGAUUUCAUGGGAAGAUGCACAAUAGACUUGAGCGGGUUUGAGGAGGAGAAGACCCACUCGGUGUGGAAAGAUUUAGAGGAUGGGGCUGGCUCUCUAUUCUUUCUAAUCACUAUAUCUGGCACAAUGGGCUCAGAGACAAUUUCUGAUCUUUCAUCUUAUGCUUUCGAUGCGAGCACACAGAGGAAUUUUGUUAACCAAUAUAGCUUGUUAAAAACAUUUAAAGAGCCCUAUGACAUUGGACAUCUUAUAGUAAAAGUGUUCAAAGCACAAGGGCUGGCAGCUGCAGAUUUGUGUGGAAAAAGUGAUCCUUUUUGUGUAGUAGAGCUUGUUAAUGCCAGGCUUCAAACACAUACUGAGUACAAAACUCUUACCCCUGAGUGGAACAAAAUAUUUACAUUCCAAGUAACAGAUAUUCACUCAGUAUUAGAAGUAACUGUGUAUGAUGAGGAUCGUGAUAAAAGGUGUGAGUUUCUUGGAAAAGUAGAUAUCCCUCUAUUAAAGAUAAGAAAUGGUGAAAAGAAGUGGUAUGUUUUGAAAGAUAAAAAAUUGAGAACCAGAGCAAAAGGCCAAAUACUCUUAGAAAUAUAUGCAUUUUAUAACCCAAUUAGAGCUAGUUUCAUCACUUUUACGCCCAAAGAAUCAAAAUACAUGCAGCAAGAACAAAAGUUCAAAAGAUCUAUAUUUGUGAAAAAUGUAAAUAGAGUAAAAUCUAUGCUUUAUGGCGUUGUUGAACUACUUAGAUUUCUUAAUAGUUGUUUUUUAUGGGAGUCAACUUUACGCAGCAUAACAGCUUUUGUAGUAUUUCUUGUUAUAACUUACACUUUUGAAUUCUACAUGUUGCCUGUAGCUUUGUUAAUUCUUUAUGUAAAAAAUUAUGUGAUCUAUGCCCUCACAGGAAGACAAUUAGCUACUAGAGAUGAAGAUGAAUUAGAAGAACUAGAAGACGAUGAUGAGGAUGAAGAUAAGGAGGACAAAACGGAAGAAAAGAAAUCUUUAAAAGAAAAGUUGCAAGCUGUGCAAGACGCUACUUCCAUGAUACAAAAUAUUUUAGGAGAAGUUGCAUCAUUUGGAGAACGUUGUAAAAACACUUUUAAUUAUUCAGUGCCCUUUCUCUCAUGGUUGGCAUUUAUGGUAUUAGUGGCAGCCACUGUUGUUCUUUACUUCAUUCCUGUUCGUUACCUCAUUAUGGGCUGGGGCAUUAAUAAAUUCACUAAGAAACUUAGAAAUCCACAUGCAGUGCCUAAUAACGAGAUUCUUGAUUUCAUAUCAAGAGUGCCAGAUGAUGAAGAGAAGAUUAUGUGUAGAGAGUUGAAGCCAAUGUUUGUUGAUCUAACUGAUAGUGAAAAGAAAAAGAAGAAGAAACGUAACUGAUCUCCAUGAGAAACGAUUAUUUUUCCAUUGUAAUCGAAUCCAUUGAGCCUUUCACGAAACACUUGAAAUUGCCAAAGGAAUCUCUUCAUCUGCUGUGCUGUGAUGACUAAAUCAUUCUAAUGGGCGUCACAAAAAAGAAAAUUAAAUCACUUGCCAUUUAUCAAAGUCGUUGUUUGUUGGUCUUUAGCAAUUCUCGAAAUGUUGCUGUUCUGUUUGCUCAUUGGUGUUCUCAUAUCUACCGUAUUUUAACUAUAUUCUAGUCAAUUGUUGAUAAAUCUUUAUAUCUAGUCACUUGAGUAGCAUUACAAAAGUUGACUAGCUUAUACUAUUUUUGUACGAUUUUGUCGUCCUAUUCAUCCAGUGAGAAGUUACGUAGAGUCUUCAAGAUGAUUUAAAUUUCACUCUCUCUACUUGACUUGAAUGUACUUAGACUUAAAGCCUUCAUUGAUGCAUUUCGAUGUAAAAAGCACUAGAUGCAGAAAUGUAGUGGACAAGAUUUUUGUUUAAUUAUAAAAAUUUUACUUUGUUCCACAUUGUUUUCAUUUGCACAAAUUAUGCAAGUUUUUAUACUUUAUGUUAUUAUUGUCAAACAAAAGCUUAUCUUUAUGAUUUUAUUUUAUGUUGAAUAUUGCUUAAUAUAACAUUUUUCUGUGAUUUUAUGUAUAAUUCUAUUUUGAAGGAAUGUUUUUUAAAAUGCAAACACAGUAGAAUCCAUUUAUAACGUGACCACUAUUUAUGAGAUUCCAGAUUUAAGGAGCGAAACGGGAUGUUUUGUGUGGUACGACCUAAUAAAUGUUUUUAAGGAAUUAAGAAAAUUUUCUGUAUAGAAUAGUAACAGAAAUAAUGAAAAUCUUUAAAAAAUGUACAGUACAUAAUUUAGCUGUUUAAAGUUAUUAAAUCUAUUUCGAAGCAUAAUGAUAUGUUUAAAAAAAUUUGUUAUUCAGAAAUAGUUAAAUCAUUUUUAAAAGAUAUCAACAACAGGUUGCAAUUCAGAAAAAGGAGGAAUACCACACAGAUUUGACACACCACACAGAUUUGACACUAAGUGAACCCAUUGUCUUGUGCCCCUAAGAUUUUGAGGGGGUUUGAAUAUUAGCAGAGAAGAAUCUGAGUAGUUGCUAAAGCAUUUCCGUAUUCACAUGUAAGAAAAGUUCCUUCCAGCUUUUAACCUUUUCUUGAAAGCAUGUCUUCUAUUCAGCUGUUUAAAACAUUAUGGAAAAAUCAAAAUUAUGAAACUCUAGGUUAAAGAAGAGGAAAAAUUUCUUCAAUAUGUAAAAUGAAGCAAUUCAUGUAACUUGUUAAUGUUUAUUCUUUUACUAACCAUAAAGUCUUAGAAAGUGACCAGAUUUAUCAUUCUAACUCCCAAGAGUCUCUUGUUAUAUAGGGUUCUACUGUACUGAUAUUGAAAUAAAAAGUUUUAAUUUGUAAAACUUAUUUUAUUGAACUUACUUAACUUUUUUUUAAAAAAAUUACAACUUUCUCUCCAAAUCAAUCAGUUUCAGACCUAAUGUUUCUGAAUCUAGCUAUAUUUGCACAUUUUCUACUUUUAAUAAAUUAAAUUUUAAAAUAAGAUUUUAGUUCAUCAAAAUCAAUUCAUGUCAUGUGGUAUUUUGUAAAAAAUUGACUUAAACAUGCAUGCUUACUUUAAGGAGCUAACGUUAUAUUUGAAAUUAAGUUUACAACGAAUUUUUUGGAGCUAAAUUUUUCAAUCUUGAACUACAUACAGUGCGAAAAAUUACUUUUUUUAGACUUGCGAUAAUAAAAAUUGCUGUUGUAAAUAAUUUGAAUUAAUUAAUAAAAAAUUCUUACUGCAUGAGCACAAUAUUAUAGACUUUUGGUGGUGCUAAUAUACCGAAAUUUCCCGCAAAUCCUCUUUUACACAUCUGCAAAGAACAUACUUCAUAUAACAAUAUUGUAAUUGUAUCAAAUAGAUUAUAUAUUUAAUUACUAUUUUGCUUUAUUCUAAUGAAGAAAAGCUGAGGAAAUUUUAUGUAACUUAUACUUAAAAGUACUUAAUCUACAACUGUUUGUAUACAUUUUGAAUUGACAAUAGUUUAACAUAUUUAUUACUGUAUAAUAUUGGUUAUUUCAAAAAUUUAAGUUAUUUCUCAUAAACAUUAUUAUUUUUAUUUUGCAAGUUUUCUUUUGAUUCAUUCUUACAAGUAAAAAAUUUAUCUAAAUCCUCCUGUAUAUUCAAGUAAUACUGUAUUCACCAUUUUGUGUGAAACUUAUUCCCAUCAUAUUUUGUAAUUGCAUUAAUGUAUAUAUUGCUCAUUUUGAAAUACUAAACAGCUUAAGCACUUUCAUUCAUUAUUGAUUUUUUAAUAAUGAAGUUUAAAAAAAAAGAAAAUAAUGAAAGUAUAAUUAAAUUUUAUAUAACUUAAAUGCUUAUGUAUAUAGAACUUUAUCAUUUACUCUACUCUGCUAUAUUGGAAUCAUCGAAAAAUUGACUUUUUCUUAGAGUAGUGAAUUAAAUUACAUUCAUUUUUUGUAAUUUCAUACCUUUUUUUUAAUUAUCAUAACCUCAUGUUUUUAUUUUAAGUUUUUUUUACCUUGACUGAUUCAAGUUUUGAGUGAAUUCCUCUACCUUAUUCCCUUUUAAAAUAUUUCUAUCAAGUUUUAAAUACAUUUUAAUUUAUAUAAAACAUA